AUGAACCCUUUGGAUCUCAAAGCCCUUCUUUUAAUCAAGAACUCACUCACUGAAGUCUCACCCACCAAACCCUUCUUCUCCACCUGGAACCUCACCGCACUCGAUCCCUGCUCUUCCUUCUCCGGCGUCACCUGCAACCUUGACCGAGUCACCAUUCUCUCACUCGGCACCAACUCACUCCGACUCGCCGGGUCACUCCCCCAAUCCAUCUCCGCACUCACCGAGUUAACUCAGCUCAUUCUCUCCCCAGGAAUCGUCACCGGUUCCAUCCCACCCGAACUGGCCCAACUCACCAAACUCCGAGUCAUCUCCUUACCCAACAACCGCUUCACCGGAACCAUACCCACCACAUUCUCCUCUCUCACAAACCUCCACACUCUCGACCUGAGUUACAACCAACUCGCCGGGUCAAUCCCACCGAGUCUCACCGAGUUGCCACAACUCAAGGUCCUCAUCCUAGCCUCCAACUCGCUCACCGGCGCGUUACCGGAAAACGUUUCCUCGCCGUUACUCCAUUUGGAUUUGAAGAACAACCAACUCACGGGGCCGUUACCACAGUCAAUGCCGUCAUCACUCCGUUAUCUCUCGCUGUCACAGAAUCGAAUGUGGGGUCCUCUCCCCAACGGGUUGGAGUCGCUUUCAGAGUUAGUGUUCCUCGACCUUAGCAUGAACCAGUUUAAUGGGCCCAUCCCGGCCCAAAUCUUCUUCCGGCCCACACUCUCUUCCCUAUUUUUGCAACGGAACAAUCUCUCUGGUGGGCUUCCACAUGGGCCCUGUAAAGGACCGUUGAUUGGGUCCUCAUCUUACGGUCAAGGAUCUAUUGUUGAUCUGAGCCAUAACUCACUCAGCGGGGAACUGUCAACGGUGUUUGAUGGAGCGGAGAGUUUAUUCUUGAAUAAUAACCGUUUAAUUGGGAGAGUGCCUGAGGAGUACGUUAAGAACGUGUGCCGCGGUAGCACCAGAACAUUGUACCUUCAGCAUAACUACUUCACGGGGAUACCGUUGAAGGAGGGAACGGUUUUGCCCGAUACGGCGACUUUGUGCUUGUCGUACAACUGCAUGGUGCCGCCGCCGGCGACUCCAAAGACGUGUCCCGCCAGUGCCGGAGAACAAUUGUCGAGGCCGGUGGCGCAGUGUUCCGUGUUUAAAAAUCACCACAAAAUAGGUUAAUCGGUUUGGUGUUAUUAAUGUGUAGGGUUGAUAUGUAGGG